AAUGAACUUUAAUUAAUUAAUCCCCUUCCACCCAAAUUAUACCGUCUUUGUCUUUUUCCAUCUGUGUUUAUUAUUAAACACCUAGAUUAAAAGAUUUACCCUUUAAUGAUCUUUCUCCCUGGCCCUUAUAUAUACCCAAGAACAGAUUUCUGGGGAAAUUCCAUACGUUCCUUCCUCUACUUGUCCAUCCACCAUUCAAUCCAGAAAAAGCCUAAUAUAAUUUAUUAUCGUGUGAAUAUUUAUUCACAUUUAUAUUUUCCGUUUCUGUUUUUGCAUUUGACAGAGCCAUGGCCAGGUUCUUGAAGGUUUCCAUGGUUCUGUGCCUUUUCUGGUCGUUGACCGCCAUGGCAGAGCUUCAGACAUUUUCUCACCCCCCAAAGGGUGAUGGGGGUCUGAGUUUUUUGGUAGUUGGUGAUUGGGGAAGAAAGGGUGAUUAUAAUCAGUCCAGAGUUGCCUCUCAGAUGGGGAGAAUUGGAGAGAAAUUGGACGUUGAUUUUGUUGUAUCAACGGGUGACAAUUUUUAUGACAAUGGGUUGACAGGGAAACAUGACCAGGCUUUUGCAGAAUCUUUCACCAAUAUUUAUACUGCAAAAAGCUUGCAGAAACAAUGGUAUUCUGUAUUAGGAAACCAUGAUUACAGGGGAGAUGCAGAGGCUCAAUUGAGCCCUUACCUUGAGAAAAUUGAUAGCAGAUGGCUGUGUUUAAGGUCAUUUAUUGUGAAUGCAGAAAUUGCCGAGUUAUUUUUUGUGGAUACAACUCCAUUUGUGGAUGAAUACUUUACCUCCCCAGAGGAGCAUACAUAUGACUGGCGUGGUGUAAACCCCAGGCAGACUUACCUCACCAAUUUACUAAAAGAUGUUGAAUCGGCAUUGAUGAAAUCCACUGCAACAUGGAAGAUAGUUAUCGGUCAUCACGCGAUAAGAAGUGUUGGGCAUCACGGCGAUACAAAUGAGCUUAUUGAUCGCCUUCUUCCUCUUCUUCGGACUUAUAACGUUGAUCUGUAUAUGAAUGGCCACGACCAUUGUCUCGAGCACAUUGCUGAUGAUGAAAGCCCGAUCCAAUUCAUGACCAGCGGGGCGGGAUCGAAGGCAUGGAGGGGAGAUGUGAAAGGAAUGAACAAGGCGGGGUUGGCAUUCUUCUAUGAUGGACAAGGAUUCAUGUCUGUGCAAUUGAUGAAGAGUGAUUUAGAGAUUGUGUUCUAUGAUGUUUUUGGUCAGGCUUUACAUAGAUGGUCCAUGUCCAAACAAUUGCUGCACAACUCUAUAUAGCUUUAAUUAUCUAGGCCAUUAUAAUUUGUAGGCUUUGUAUUUUUCUUUCAUUAUGCUGUUUUCUUUACUUAUUUAGAAUAGAUAGAUUGGGCGAGUAUUUGUAAGUCUUUAGACAUUUAUAGUUUUUGUACAUAUCAUUGAGCCAAUUAAGAAGCUGAAGUAGCUGGCAUAGGCAUCGGCUAGCUAGAUUAAUGUAAUGUAUAAUUUAGUUUCUUUUGUGUAGAUUUUUUCACCAAUAGCCUUUUCAAUGAAGUCAUUUUACUAUAUAGAUUAAAUUUUCAACUUGCUUAAGUAAAAGAAUUUGAUCUCAUACUAAUGAAACAUCCUUACAUUAAAAAUAUCAGACUAGUAAAUUACAGUUUCAAUAAAAACAUCCUUAGAUUUUGCUCUCAUGGAUGACACUUCAUUUCUGAGUGCCCAAAACCGACUAGACAAUUAUCUGAGAAGAUGUAAAUUAACCUUUGAUCUCACAUAAAUGAAUAGAGUCUCACUACAUACCAAGUCUUUGCUAAGAGUUGGACUAAAUCUCUUC